AUGGAUGAUAAAGAUGAACAACCUAUAAGUGAUGCAUCGAAAUCCAUCGACGACACCGAACCUUUUCCUCUGUAUCUUGAACAAGCGAAAUCUUCAUUCUCUUUAAAUAAUACCGAUACAAAUUAUCUACAAAUCAAUGUUAGUGAACCACUCGAUCAUGCAUUGACAUACGUGUUGAUUUAUCGACCACACGAUGCCAUUGAAUUUAUUGCCAUUGAAUUUCGAAAUCAUUUAGAUUUCUUAAUCGAUUGGUCACGUCAAAAGACUCAACAAGUAAACAAAAGUGAACUUCGACCAAAAAACGAAAGUGAUCGCGAGAAAUUCAUUGUAAAUCAACAAGAGGAAGAACAACUGACAACAAUAGACGAAAAUGUUUCGACACCAGAUGAACGGGAUGAGUUCCGCGAACAAAUCUAUCGAACAGAGUUCAAACAAUCUAUCCAUACACACGAUACAGCGAGUGGAAUGGAUGAUGAUAUAAGAAAUAAUUUUGAUCGUAAUGAAAAUCAUAUUUGUCAUAAUGAUCAUUUAUCAACGAUGGCGUAUUUCUGUCAAUUGAAGGAGAAACUCAUCAGAUGUCAUGACUCUUAA